GGGCAGAAACAAUGGCUUUCUUUAUGAAAACUAUGAUAAGUAACCAGAUAAAGAAUCUAGGAUUUGGUGGUGGGUCUGAAGAAAGAAAAGAAGAAGGAGGUGCAUCUGAUCCUGCAGCCGCUCAAGGAAUGACUAGAGAGGAAUAUGAGGAGUAUCAAAAGCAAAUGAUUGAGGAGAAGAUGGAAAGAGAUGCUGCAUUUAAACAAAGAAAGGCAGAGAGAGCAUGCCUGAGAGGUCAUCUCCGAGAAAAGUACAGACUCCCAAAGAGUGACAUGGAUGAGAACCAAAUCCAGAUGGCUGGAGACGGCGUGGAUUUACCAGAAGAUCUCCGGAAAAUGGUAGAUGAAGACGAAGAAGAGGAAGAAGACAAAGAUUCGAUUCUUGGGCAGUUACAGAAUCUUCAGAACGUGGACUUGGAUACCAUAAAAGAAAAGGCCCAGGCCACCUUCACGGAAAUCAAGCAGACGGCCGAGCAGAAGUGUUCUGUGAUGUGA